AUGAAGCUCGGUAACAUAUCCACAAUAAUUUGCUUUGUCUCCUUGGUAUCUGGAAAAAUCGUGACUGUUAUUGCUCCAGUCACUGUUACAAUGGGCCUUACUUCUACUAUCACUGUUGAUCCAAAUGAGAUUAUUACUACAUCAGAAUCUACCUCGUUCAUCACUUCAACAACUGAUGCAGAGACAUUAUCAAGUACAAUUUCUAAGAGCGUUGUCACUGUCAUUGUUCCAAUUACUGUCACCGAACCUAUCAUCUCAACAAGUACAUACUGUCCUGAAACCGAGACAGAGAACACCCUCAGAGUAUCACCGUCAACCACACAAACAAGUGAAUUGGUAUCAAGUAAUGAACACAGCACAAGCUCACAAGAAUCUCAAUCACCAGAGUCAAUAUCCGAAGAGCAAUCCUCAACUAUGGUAUUAAGUUCAUUCCAUUCCGAAGAGAGUGAGACCUACACCAGUAGCUCCAUUGACGAGAGCUCUAUUAUGUCAGUGAUUGAUGUGUCAUCGGAACAUGUUUUACAAACUACGACUAGUUCAGAGGAAACCGAAUUCACUUCCGUUGAAAGCUCUACCGAGGAGAUUACGAGCUCACUUGCUGACCUUACAAUCACUAGUCAAAAUGAGUCAAGAUCUAUCGAUUCUACAACUUUUGAAUCAACACCCGAGACAGGGUCGUCAACGGUAUUUAGUUACUCACUUGAAGGGCCAAGCUCUGUUCAGACUGAUUCACCAUACAGUACAUUCUUUGAAAGUAGUAGUUUGCUAUUUGAGUCUACUAGCUUGAAAGCCAGUUUUUCAAAAGCAUCCAUUGAAACUGGAAGUAGUUCGGCAGGAAUUGAAGUCAAAAUUCAAACCACAUCAGAAAGUUCCACCGUUGAAGAGUCUUCCGUUAAUGUGUUUUCCAAAACAUCUAGCUUAGUCUCUACAUUACUAUCAUCAAAUGAGUUUUCAUCAUUGAAUUAUCUGUCUUCAAUCCCCCCACCACUUUCAACCACUACCAAUAUUGAGACUACAAUCAUCACAACAACAUCUUGCUCGGGUGAUAUUUGUUCGAAGGUUACACAUACUAAUGACCUCACAACUGUCACUGAGGAUGCAACUGUUUACACAACCUAUAGCACUUUAUUCACCUCCGUUGAAAGUGCAUCAGGUGAAGAGCUUUUUAUUUUAUCUCAAUCAGAUGACAUUUCAUUCUCAACAUCAUUGUCUCCACCAGAACCGAAUACUGAGUAUUCCGGAUCAAUGCCAGUACCUCCAUAUUCUGUUAUCAAGUCAAAUGCAUUUCCAGUUGAAGUGUUAAGAACAAUGACAUGCAGUAGUGAAGAAUGUUUGACUUCCUUGGCAGCUAUACCAAGCUCCGAAGUUGAAUCAUCCAUGGAAAAUCAAACUGAAGAACAAGUCACUUUAUCAAGUACCGAAAGUCAAGAAGUUAUACCUACCACGACUGCUGAAAGCAUACCACCAAUUGAAAGUCUGGGAGCCACCACUUCUGUUGCCGUUCCUUCCACGCUAUCUGCUGUUGAUCACUCAAGUGAAUUAAUUGAAGGUGUCACUGACUCCAGCAAAGAGGUUACUACUGACAAACCUGAAUCCCAUGUCACAACAAUUGUUUCCUACAAUUCAGAAAAAGAUGUCAUUACUAAAAUCACAUCAACAAUUGAGACCACAUCUCGUGUGCAAAGAUCUUCUAUAAAAUCUGAUGUCGAAGUCCCCCAAGCAACCACCGAAUCUAGUCCUGAGGAAGUAUCAGAAGAAGGGACUUUGGCUACUGGUACAACACUUUUAGAUUCAACUUCGUUGGUAUACAAUGCGCAAGAGACUUUUGCAGUAUCUAGUAACCUAGAAUCGCCAGCUGUAUCUACAUAUGAAGGAUCCGCUUUAGUAAAUACUCCGGAACUUGCGGUCGUUUGUGGAAUGUUGUUCUACUUCAUUUAG